ACAACUUAUAUUAAUUAACAUGUCUUUAUUAAAAAUUGUUAAAAGAAUUGAAAAUUUGUCUUUCGUUCCCCUCGAGGAAGACACAGAAGAUGUUGCAGUGCUCAUAAACAGAUUAGAGUUCGCCGUUACUACUAUGGAAAACACAAAGGAAAUUAUAAAAAACUUGACGAUAAUUGCUGAAAGAUUGGAGCACUUGGCUGGCCUUAACUUAAAUAAUUCAUCUCAUCCCGUCACUCGUAUCGAAAAAGCGGCGGAGUUAUUAGUAGAAAGGUUUAAAGGUUUUUAUUACAACCAGAAAGAAGAAAAUUCAGCUUUGUCAGAAAAAAAAAAGAUAGAACCUUUAGAAAAACCGUCUAACGUGGAAAAUAAUGCGCAGUUCAAGGAUACUAAUAAAAAAAGGGGUGAAGUUAAUUUCAAGAGCAUAGAGGAAAGCACUAUUAAAUCGUUGUUGGAAGAACAUAGAAAAUAUAAAAUUCAGGAAAAAUCAAUAAGUAUCUCUGAAAGUAAAACUAAUGACAAGUUAAAAACAACUAAACAAGUUAAUGAAUCGUCAUCUUUUAACGAUGUUGAUCUUUUGACCGCUUUUCAAAAAGUUAGAGAUUCUAAAAGUUCCUAUCAAUGGGUGGUAUACGAACGUAAAGGAAACCUACUUACCGUUGAAGAACUCGGAAAAGAUUUUAAUAGUCUUUCUAGUAAAAUAAAGGAUAAUAAAGUUUUGUACAUUUACGCACGCUUUGUGGAUAGCAGUCAAAGCACAAAGUUUCUAUUUUUAACUCAAGUAGGCAAAACUUCAAAGAUUUCGGAAAGAGCAAAAGUAACGGAAGACAGAAAUAACCUAAAAAGAAUCGUUACUCAUUAUUUCGCCGACCACUAUAUAACGGAACCUAGUGACCUUUUAGACUAUAUGAAACGGUUCAACUUGAAAAUACCGUCAGACAAGCCUGAUUAUGCUAAGCUCAUUCAUUCGAUAGAAGGUAACUGGGGCGAGCUCCAGUUAGAGACAAAAGCCCGUCUUCCGACGUGUAAGUACAAAGCCAACGUCUCUCCACAGUAUCGAUCGAGCCUCAACUCGACUAGAUUUAAACCGGGUAACCAUAAUCACGCUGAAUUUUUUUUUACUAGGCCAAUUCAAAGUAGAGGAUUACUAAGCACGAUGUCAUUUCCUCGAGUCUACUCAAGAAUCGACAAUCCGUCUGUGGAUGGCAACCUCUUGUGUUUUCUUUACGGUAAACGUCUGCUGAAACACGCCAGGAAUAACUGUACGAAACUUUACGAAAGCCGCGAGAUAGAGCUAACGGUCGAAUGCGUUCCCACUAAGAGACCGACCUAUGCAGUAGCCAAAGUGUUAAACUAUCAAACAACUAAGGUCUUACUUGCUGCAGUCACAGCAAAGUUUCGGAUGGUAGCGCAAGGCAAGCGCCAAAGUUAG